AUUGGGACUGCGCUGUGUGCUUGGAACUUAUUGAAAGUUUAUGAAUUAUGUACACGUCUCUGUAAGGUGAGCAUAUAACACACAGGCUCCACCGUGCAUCGCUGAACCUUACAGUCUAUAACGGACACACGCUAUCGAUCUGAACUCACUUUCCACGCUACUCUGAAUCGGGGUAGUUCGGUCACUGUGUGUAUAUAACUCGCUAUUGUGUAUUGGUGGGAGAAAGGAAGAUCGGUGUACACACAAUCGGUAAUUUCCUACAGGAGCAGGGAUAAUUGUCUACAUGUGUUUUGUGUUUACAAACAAAGGCUAUAUAGAUAUAGAUAUAUAGCGCUGCGUUAAAUGUGUCCUCGCUAUUAUCUACAAGUCUUUGUAUCCGGAGCCAACUACGAAAAAUAUCAACUCAAAGAAGUUUAAGACAAUAUAAAACUUGGGAAAGUACUCACAUAAUUGCGUUUGGAAUAGAAACACUGAAUCGACUUUAUUAUGUCGCAAUAUAGUUAAAGUCAAUACCAGGUAAGCGACACUCGAAUUGUCGAAUGGAAAUCACGUGCACCGUUUGUAUAUUAUGACAAGCGUUCAAACAUAGGGGUUUUAAAACUUUAGCAGUAUGUCCGAAAUGGAGGACAGAGCCGAUAUCAUACAACGGGUGUCCGUUCAGGACAAGGAUAAACGGAAUGGGGUCCAUCCUGAAGUCCCUCCCUUGUGGGUCCCGGAAGAUAGGGACAGGAUCAGAUUCUGGGACCUGUUUAAAGACAACUGGAUUUCCGUGGUCACCGACUGUCUCGUGUUCGGGAGUUUUGGGAUGGGGGUGGCAUUUCUGGGGCCUACCCUAUUCGAUUUAGGCUGCCAAACCAAGUCGGAUCUUAAGGAAAUGAACUGGGUGUUUUUCGUACAACUUUUAAUGACACUUGUGGGAUCUAUAUCAGCUGGGUGCUUGGCCGACAGGGCUGUGCCAGUUCACGUGCUCAUGUUGGUUGGAAUGGUCGGUCUCCCGAUUACAAUGUUCAUUAUCCCGGCCUGUUCGGAGUUCGCUGGUCUGCUGAUUGACCUCAUGUUAAUGGGAUGGUGUAUGGGCUGUAUUGACUGUGUUGCCAAUUUGAGAAUGAUCAGGCGAUUCGAGACAAAUGUGGCGCCUUUCUUACAGGCGAUGCAUUUCUUUUAUGGCCUGGGUGCUUUUGUGAGUCCUAUGAUUGCAGCGCCUUUCAUAUUGAACGUGGACUGUUCGAAAUACAUUGACGGCGUGACGCUGAAACCUCCGGUCACGGGAGCAGUUGAAAAUAUGACGUCAGUUCCGCCAAAUCCCCCGCGUUUGUCUCGUGCCAUCAAUUUGAGUAAUUCCAAAACUGCUUUCCUGAUUUUAGGUUCAAUUCAGCUAGUUAUUACGAUAAUCGUGGUGCUGGUGGUUGUACUGGAGAAACAGAGAUUUAUUGGGACCGGUGCUGCCCUCUCUCAGUCAAACAGUGCUAGAUCACUGCAUUCAGUCUCGUCAGACAAAGACCUCAACGACAUUUCCGGGGAGGGAGUGAUCGAGAGAUGCUUCUACUGUGGUACUCGAGAGAUGUUGCUUGUGACGUCAAUCACCUCCAUUUUGUUAUUUAUAUUCGACGGUUUGCAGUCAUCAUAUGCAGACUAUAUUUAUUCCUAUUCGGAAAAGAAUGUGAGUGGUCUUAAAAAGGGAGAAGGGGCCGUUUUAAACGCCUGUUUUUGGGGCCUGUUUGCCUUGGGGCGACUUUUAUCCAUCGGAAUAGCCACACGGUUUACUCCCGCAUUCAUGCUGCUUUGUAAUAUAAUAGGAUCUGGUAUCGCCUUACUACUGACGUUGAUAUGCCGGACAGACCACACCGUCGUAUACGUGGGCACGUGCAUCAUUGGCCUAUUCAUCAGUAGUAUGUCACCAUCGUGCAUGUCAAUGGCGGAGCAAUAUAUCAAAAUUACCCCAUCCGUUGCCUCUUGCCUGGUGGUAUGUGCAGCCUUGGGGGAGACUCUAUGUCCAGUCAUUGUAGGAAAUCUGUUUGUGUCGUUCGGACCGCCCAGUUUCCUGGUAUUUUGUUUGGUCAUCGUGUCAAUCGCCAUGUUGUUUUACUGGGGACUAUAUGCGAUAGGACGCGGCACACAUAAGUAUCAAGAACAUGGCAUGGAGUCUUUCCUGUGGAUGCCGGGAUACAAAAAGCGUAAAGGAGGGGAGACAACUCUCAUCAAACCGGCCGCAGUUAAAUACUACUCACACAUGGCAGAGGAUGGAGUACCGGAAGGUACGGAUAAGAUGGAGCUGGACCCCUUCACGAGGCCACCUACAGACUAUGACACCAGGAGUUAUCUCCCCGACACGACCAGGAACGCCAUGCACUGAUAUACAUGUAUCUACAGCAGAACUUGUAGUGAAAAACAUUCCAAACUGAACAUAUUUCAUUGCAUUGGUUUGUUCAAGCAUCGUUUCUAAAAUUAAUUUUAAUUGAUGAGCUAUUCUUCACUAAAAGAAAUUCUGUUUUAAUGCCUGGAAGAAUUUAGAAGCUGCUAUAACGUGUCAAUUUAGCAAUACGCUUUUUAUCAGAUGUAUGAAAAAUAGCUUGAUUUUGAGACAUUGUUAUUGUUGCUAAGUGUGAAAAUAUAGGAUGUUAUUCUAUUGUUAAAAUAUAAUUGUUAUGAUUGGAAUAUUUAGGUAUUUUGCUAGGAUUGUUCCAACAGUUAUACUAGAGUUAUCCCCCUUUGUUCUUGCCUCUCUUUCAGAAUAACAAAAUAAGUUCUAUGUAUAUUAAAGAGACGGUUUGUUGAUUUUCUGUGAUAUUUUAUUUUAUCAAGUUUCUUUUAUUAUAUACUGUUAAUCACUAUUUUUGGCGUAUAUGUUAUUUUCUUCACGAACAUAACUUCAAAGCUUUAUUUGCGAGAACUGGAAUUCGGGAUGGAUUGAUAAGAUUGUAUUUCAAAUUUAAUGACGAUCUGAUAACAACAAUAAAGAAAGAUAUUUGGAUGGGUCCUCAUUUUAACUCAAAUAUUAUUUUCUAGCGUGAGUAGAGUGAUUUACAUACUGCUUUUAUUUUACAAUUGGUACUCGCUGAUACCGACAAAAUGAUUGAUAGAAUUGCUGUAUAGCAAGUAUGUCGAUGUUCAUUAUGAUGUUUGAAUCUCUGGACGUUGUCGUUGAUGGAUUAAUUAGAGUGCAAUUAAUCACAUAUCUUGUUUGCAGUGUAAUUAUAUACAAUUUAUCAAUUAUGAAUAGCUGUGCAUUCUCAUUUAAGUCGUGACGUCAUAACUGCAUGACGUCACAUCUUUUAUGACGUUAUCAGAAAGAGAUGAAUAUAAAGAGGACAUCGGUAUUUUAUGUUUUUAUUAUGCAUCAUAGCUGAUAAAGAUUGAUAAAAUAUGCUUGUUUACAAGAUAUUUUGUUUUUUGAAAUUACCAGAAUUGUACAUCCGUUUCUGUUAAAAUUUCUGAAACUUGUCUAAACUGUUUCAUUUUACAAAAUGUAUAUCAUAAGAAGCUCGGUAAAAGGAAUAUUGGUUUUUAUAUAUUGUAUGCAACUAAAAUGAAAUGGAAACUCGUGUAAAAACUAAGUACUUUUAUUCUAUAUGUGUGCUAUGAUGGUUGGAGGAUAAAGAAUUUGACAUAUAAGGAACAGUUUUACGGAGAACUACACAGCUUCAUCAUACAGCUGUUGACACAAUUGCCCGGUCUGGUGAAGAGAUAUCGCCGACUAAGCACAACACCUAAACUAUUAACUGGUAUAUGAAACACUACAGAUUAAAUAAUACGCUUACAACUUGAUUAAAAUAAAGUACUGUAUGUAUUGCUUAUAUGUUUGUUUGAUAUUUUAAAUGACUGUAUCAUACUGAAAUUAUAAGGAGAAGGCUGACAAAGGCUUUGCCUGAUGCCCUAUCCUUUUUGCAAGACAAUUUGUUAAAAUGUGGAAUGGAAAGAUAUGAAAAUAUAGCACUUGAGUCGAGAAUGAAGGGACAGAGUUUUUACUGUUACUUGUGUGUGCUACAAAGGGUCGCUGUUUUAUUUAUUGAGUUUGUUAUGAAGUGACAGAUAGAUAUUUGUUGUUUUGUGUGUGUGUCAGUUGGUUGGCAAUAAUUCCAAUAUACAAUGUAUAAAAAGUACAUCCGUAGAACUCACGUGUCUUGCUUGGCUAUCUGUUUUCUUGUCGUAUGAUGUCUUGUUGAACUAUGACGAUUUUCGCUUUUGUUAACAAAAUAUCAUUUUAUCAUUUAUAACAAAUUUUAUGACGAAAACGACAUUAAGACUUUUUUUUCAAUUUAAAACAAAAUGUUAUGUGUUAUAAAUCAUUGUUAUGUGGACCAAUUGCUUAAAAAUGUGCACGAACAUGUUCUGUAACAAAGAACUCUGCAUUUUUAUUAUGCUUUGGCUUUUCGCAUCAUUUUUCAAAAAUAUUAGAAGUAAUUAUAAAACCAGUUUAUCGCUAUAACAAUACACUCUGAUACUAACGUUAAGUUAUCAUUAGUUAUUAACGCAAUAUUACAAGUGUAUCCUUAGAAUUCUGUAAACGUGAUAAAAUUUUGGUGCAUCAACAACUAGCAAUAGAUUCACAAAUUAAUGAAUUAUUGCAUCCACAAAUUGAUUAGCAUGCCAAACUGUAAUUAGUACAAUGCUUUAACACCGAAGGCGCUUAAAUUAGUAUUUUCGUAUAUCACAAGUUUUGUUAUAUAACAAAUUGGAAAGUUGAAAAUCUUGCAAAGUUAUGUUUAACUUCGUUGAAAUAUUGUGCUGAAAAUAUGAAAUAUUGAACUGAAAAUAUUCCAUUAAUGCAUUAUUCUCUUAUUUCUAAAAUUAGUUUCUCAAAAUUUCCUUUGUUUUUUUUUUAAACUUUGAUAUUUCUUUAUCUCCAUAAACUACAAUAAUGUAUCUAGUUUCCAUUUCAUUGUUCCAAGCUUGUAAUAGUUUCAGGUUUCCCACCUUAUCAGUACGAUUUUAAGUUUAAAAGAUAGACAAUGUCUGUUGUACCAUUCAAUGUUUCCAUUUUACUACAACAAUGCUCCAUUGAUGGAUUUCAACGUCGUGUGAUGCCAUCGUAAUUAUUUAUUUAUGAAGUCUUUCACUUUCUGCAUCGAAUAAAUUCAUGACGUCAUCAA